GUAGUGCGGAACACACCCCGUGCAGGAGAGGAGCGGACGGCGCGGUUCGGGUUCUGGUCGUGUCACUAUGCAAAGCCCCCUUCGCGCCGCCCUGGGUGCCGCCGCCGUUGUGACCGUGUGUGCUGCCCUGGCCCUGGCCCUGCCGGCCGGGUCGGGGGCAGCUGUGGGGGCCGGGGCCGCGGGGGCCAAGGUGUUGACGGCGACCCUCAUCAACGCGACGAGGACCUCCGACGAGACUGUCUUCCUCCGUCACGGCAAGCUUGACGGCCUGGUGCGCGACGUUGUCCUGGCCGAGCUGCGCGUCGCGGCGCCCGACACCGUGCAGGACAACGAGGUCAGGUUUCUGCUGACCGCGGAUCCGGCGCUGUGCCUCGGCGGCGUCCUGGAUGACGUCCUGGAUGACGGGGAGCCCCCGCCAGACCCCGGCGCCGGCCCUGGCGCCAACGUGGUGGCCCAGGCCGCGAGUGUGCUCGCGGGCGCCGCGGGCACCACCGGUGUGGACAGUGUGUCCGCACCGACGAGGACUAGAACCGUCCGGCGAUGGUUCACGGUGACACAUAACCUCAACGCCAGACGGCUGUACGUGUGUGUGGGAAGUGACAGUGCGCGGACUCCUCCACGGACGUGGACCAGUGCGGAGCCCGCCAGCACUGACAGUGGCAGGACGUCUGGCCAACGGAUAGUGUGGAUUCACCAGGGUGACCAAGUAGUGCUAGAGUUGCCGGCCCCUGUCGGCGAUGCGGUUCAGAAGAGCGAAGCGCACACUGCUGCCGGGGCCCCGGCCCAGGCAGCCCAGGCCACCGUCCUGCCGACACGGCGGCGCCGCGCCUGGACGGUGAGCGAGGCCGUGCCCGCGCCGACGCUGCUCGGCUUCCGGGUGGAGCGGUCGUCGCACGGCGUGCACACGGCCGACGACGGCGUGCCCGAGGUCCUGGUGGCGUCCGAGAUCACGCUGCGCCUCUUCGGCGAGCGCUUCUCCAACGAGGCCGAGCUGGGCGUCACGUACACGGCCUCGGACGUGGGGGAGGACUGCAAGGACUUCUACCCCGGCUCCAAGUACUUCAAGCUGUUCGAUGUGAACCCCUCGCGGACGUCGGCGCUGGUGACGGUCAAGAUGCCCCCGGCCGCCCUGGCGCUGCCGGGCAAGCCGCAGUUCCUGUGCCUGCGCGCCUCCAACGCCUCGGCGCAGUGGUCGCACCAGGGCUCCGAGACGUACAUGACGUUCCGCUCGUACGAGCGCCUGCUGCCCGUCUGGCUGUCCAUCGUCAUCAUCCUGACCUGCCUGGGCUUCUCGGCGCUCUUCUCCGGCCUCAACCUGGGCCUCAUGUCGCUGGACCGCACCGACCUCAAGAUCGUGUGCAACACGGGCACGGAGCGCGAGCGGCAGUACGCGCGCGCCAUCCUGCCCGUCCGCAACCACGGCAACUUCUUGCUGUGCAGCAUCCUGCUGGGCAACGUGGCCGUCAACUCGACCCUCACCAUCCUGAUGGACGACCUGACGUCCGGCCUCGUGGCCGUCAUCAGCUCGACGCUGGCCAUCGUGGUGUUCGGCGAGAUCACGCCCCAGGCGGUGUGCUCGCGCCACGGCCUGGAGGUGGGCGCCAAGACCAUCAACAUCACCAAGCUCUUCAUGGGCCUCACCUCGCCGCUCAGCUUCCCCAUCUCCAAGAUCCUGGACUGGAUCCUGGGCGAGGAGAUCGGCAACGUGUACACGCGGGAGCGCAUCAAGGAGCUGGUGAAGGUGACGACCGAGUUCAACGACCUGGAGAAGGACGAGGUGAACAUCAUCGCCGGCGCCCUGGAGCUGCGCAAGAAGACCGUGGCGGACGUCAUGACCAAGCUGGAGGACGUGUACAUGCUGCCUCAUGACGCCAUCUUGGACUUCGAGACGGUGUCGGAGAUCAUGAAGUCAGGAUUCUCACGAGUGCCCGUGUACGAAGGCGUGCGAACCAACAUUGUUACAAUGUUGUACAUCAAGGAUCUCGCCUUUGUGGACCCUGAUGAUGAGACUCCUCUGAAGACCCUCUGCCAGUUUUACCAGAAUGAGUGUAACUUCGUGUACGAGGACCUUACUUUGGAUGUGUUGUUCAGGCAAUUCAAGGAUGGUAUAAAGGGCCACAUGGCACUAGUGCACAAGGUGAAUAGCGAGGGUGAAGGGGAUCCUUUCUAUGAGACAGUGGGUCUCAUUACUCUGGAGGACGUCAUUGAAGAACUUAUUCAGGCUGAGAUCAUGGAUGAAACCGACGUGUUCACUGAUAACAAAUCCAAAAAACGUAGGAAGCAGAAUUUAAAACAAGAUUUCACAGCAUUCUGUGAACGCCGGGAGAACCAGCACAUUCACAUUUCCCCUCAGCUAACUUUGGCUACGUUCCAAUACCUGAGUGCCAGCGUGGAAGCUUUCAAGCCUCAUAAUGUCUCUGAAACAAUCCUUCGUCGUUUGUUGAGACAUGAUGUCAUAUUCCACAUAAAGGUGAAAAAUAAGGAAAAGGCCAGACAAGAUCCUGCUACUUGUAUUUACCAACAGGGGAAACCGUCUGAUUAUUUCGUACUUAUCCUGGAAGGACGUGUUGAAGUUACAGUUGGAAAGGAAAAUUUAAUGUUUGAAAGUGGUCCAUUCACUUACUUUGGCACUCAAGCGCUCAUGCAGAGUGUGAAUGUUGCUGAGUCACCUUCUAUUCCUACCAAUAUGGGAAGUCUGCAGUCGGUGAAUCUGGAUGUCAUGCUACGUCACACCUUUGUACCGGACUAUACUGUUCGGGCUGUCAUGGAUGUUCUCUACAUUCGAGUGAGGAGGUCGGCAUACCUUGCAGCUAAGCAGGCCACUCUAAUGGCUAUAAGUCGGAAGGAUUCAACUGAUGAGCAUUUUGAUGAUGAGGUUGAAAAGUUAUUGCACGCUAUGGAUGAUGAUGAAGCAAGAAGUCGUGGUGAAUUGGAAUCACAGACACACAGUCCUCAGACUGAUAGGUCUUCUCUCCAUAAACACAACAAUGUUUCAUCUUCUGCUCCAGUCAACAAAGAAACUAGCCCAAAUGGCAGUAUUCAUUCUCCAUUAAGUCCUGGAAAACAGGAAACAGCUUUGUCAAGAAGCAACAGUCAGUCAAAAUCAGUAUUGUCCGGGGACAAGAAGUCUACUGUAGAAGAUAAUGCAGAUGAGCUUAAAUCAUUGCUGCCACAAGACCAAGAGCCCUGCUAACAGGAACAGGGUCUGUUUAAUGUGGUUGCAAAUCUGCUGCUAUUGUUGUAAAUUAAUUGGAUCUACUCUGCAAUUGAUGUAAAAUUUUUGACUGGCAGACAGUUUUGAAAACUUGAACAUAUCAUUUAUGUUUGAAGUAAGUGUGAGAGCCAGGGGAAGACAUCGAUCUUGAGUGGAAACAGUCUCAAAUUCCAUGGUACAAUCAAUGGCCUUGUUUCUUAAUUUGGCUAUUUAUUUGCUUCAGUUAAGCAUUUACUCAUGUCUCAGUGUUUUUAUUACUUCUUUCUGUGUCAUGGGGAUACAGAUUUCAUGGUUCUUUAAAUUAGAGUGUAACAUUACAGCCAAAGAGUCUUAUCUUCUGUUUUUAAUGAUGUUUUUAUUGGGGUUUCUCUUUUUUUAAUUAAAAAAUUCUCCUUUUUUUCUUGUUUUGAUACUAAUAUCAGCAGUUGUAUCAAUUAUAAACUUCCUUCAGAGGAAGCAUACUGUCUUUUUUAGAAUGUUUAGAAUGUGCUUAAGCACAAGUUUAUUGUACCUGUAGUUGUUGAAAUGUCUAAUGGUAGAUUGACAAAUAAUGUUUGUUCGUUUUUUGUUGUUUCGUUGUUUUUACCCUAGGUGUCAUUUUUCUUGAGAAAAUCAAUCCAUGAUGCCUUCCUGUAGGUCUUAGACUGGUGCUAAGGGAGAAAACGAUAAAUUUUAGUUCAUUAGUUCCUGUAAUAUUGUGAAACUGUGCCUUUUGACUCAAUGGUGAGAUUUGGAUUUGUGAGUCUCUUCCCAUUGAGAUGAUAGCAACCUACUUUCAUUUGUUACAAAUACCUCAAUUUGCAAUUGAGUGAUUUGACUUGACCAUUGCCUAGUUUCUGACACCCAUUUCUUUUCAUUUAAGACAUUCAUUUUUAAGUUAUCCUUACUUAGCAUCAAUUAAAAAUUGAGGAUUUAAACAAUAGCGGUAUUAAAACCUGACUAAGGGUCAUUGUAUUUUCAUUUAUUCAUUCAUUUAUUUAUUUAUUUACUUAGUGUAACAUAAUGAAGAAAAAUUAUCAUGAUUGCUCAAAAGGGUGCAGGCAGGAUUGCGGGGAGGAAGAAUAUCAUUAAUCUCCAUUUGUUCUAUUUUAUUGUACUUAAUCAUUGUAUUGUCAAAUUGCAUGAAAUUUGAGGAUGUUUAAAACUGUAUACUGAUGCAUUUCUUUUAUGGUUUCUGUAGAUGUUUGGUGAGCAAUGCUUGUUUUGUUCUGUGAUGACAUCCUUUAAACUGAUCGAGCUGUUCAAGCAGCCGUCUACCACCACAUGUUUCCAUCUAUUGAGGUGUUAACCCCCCCCCCUUUUUUUACAACAUAAAUCUUGCCAUUAGGCUGAUUGUUCACUUAAUGCCCUACCGUUAACAUUUUAUAAUUUUGCUCCCAAGAUAUAUGCAUUGUCUCUGUUUGCUUGAAAGGUUUGCCCUGCGUAGAUAGUAGUACUAUACAAGAAAACAACUUUAGCCAAAGUGCCUUCCUUCUAAUUUGUUAACUGGAGUAUAUUGUUAUGGUCUCAUAAUUUCUUUCAACUUAGAUAGGUUAUAACUGUGUUUUAUUUGUUGCCUAGCACUUGGACUGCUUACAGCUGUGCAUUUAUGUUUCGAUUGAGAGAUCUAUUUAGCUUCCCGGGUAGGGUAUAGUAGGUCAGGUGAGACAGGGUUAUUUAAUGCCAGUUUGUUGAUAAUGCAUCUCUUAUGUUGUUCUAAUUCUGUUCCUUGUUACUUUGUCUCACCAAGCCAUGCUGGGACCUAAUGCAAGAGUACCAUCUAUAACGACCUCGUUAAUUUUGAACUUUAUGUUUCACUGCUAAAAUGGGUACUUAUUUUUAUAUCCAUUCUUCAAAAUGGAGUAAGUUUGUCAAUAUAGUCUAUUGUCGUUAUGGAAUGUUGUUAUGUUGUAUUUUUAUAGUGAGCCAUCAGUAGCCCUACCAACGAUUUACAGUUCAUGAACUAUUAAGAACUUUUACUCCUGUAUCAGCUGUUUAUAGCCAGCUUGCAUAUGCACAAGGAGAAUGUUCUCACUACUUUUUGAACUGGUUCCCCAGACAUCUUGUAGGUUUAUGUGUAAAUUCCUUUUAUCACUUUGUUAAAGAAGCUGCCGGUGCAUCUUAAAUAUGUUGAAACAAAAUAUGGAUACUUUUUUCUUUUCAUAUUUCGAUCUGUAUUAUGAACUAAGAAGUAUUGUUGAAUAGCAUGGCCCAAAUAACAUGUUUUUACAUCA